AUGCCAUCCGGGCCGACGUGCUCGAUGAACAUGCUCUGGAACACGCAGAUCGAGGACACAUGCGUCGUCUUCCGCUCGUGGCACAUCUCCACCAAGGCCGGCUUCGUGUUCUCGUGCGCCGCCGUCGUCGCCCUCGGGGUGCUCUACGAGUACCUCCGCGUCGCGCAGCGCGGGCUCGACCGGCGCAUCGCCGCGACGCUCAGCGCGCAGGGCAAGGGCAAGGCCGCCGCCGCCCGUGCACACGGUCCGGUGAGUGGUCGGGACUCGCCUGAGAUCGAUUCCGAGGAGGCGGGCUUGUUGACUGGAGUUCUGGUUGCGAAGGGGCACACCGGGACGCCGCUUCCUUUCACCGCUCGUGUUACCCGCGCAUCGCUCUACGGCGUGCAGGUCUUCUUGUCGUUCUUCCUCAUGCUGAUCUUCAUGACUUACAAUGCAUACCUCAUCCUCGCUACUGUUAUUGGUGCUGCUCUUGGCCACUUCAUCUUUUCCACCCACAUCGACAUCGACGCCGUCCUGUCGGGAGGAGGGGACAGCAAGGGCAUGGCGUGUCACUGA